CCGCGGCCCGGCCAUGGCGGGCGCGGGGCCGGGGGUCUACGCGGCCGAGUUCGUGCCGCCGCCCGAGUGCCCGGUCUUCGAGCCCAGCUGGGAGGAGUUCACCGACCCGCUGAGCUUCAUCGGCCGCAUCCGCCCGCUGGCCGAGAAGACGGGCAUCUGCAAGAUCCGCCCGCCCAAGGAUUGGCAGCCUCCGUUUGCCUGUGAAAUAAAAAGUUUCCGUUUCACUCCUCGGGUACAGCGCCUGAAUGAACUUGAGGCAAUGACCAGAGUGAGACUGGACUUCUUAGAUCAACUAGCAAAAUUUUGGGAACUCCAGGGUUCUACAUUGAAGAUUCCUGUGGUGGAGAGAAAGAUCCUGGAUCUGUAUUCUUUGAGCAAGAUUGUUGCCAGCAAAGGAGGUUUUGAAAUGGUCACCAAGGAGAAGAAAUGGUCUAAAGUGGGAAGCCGCUUAGGAUAUCUGCCAGGAAAAGGAACUGGGUCUCUUUUGAAGUCACACUAUGAAAAAAUUCUCUACCCAUAUGAGCUUUUCCAAUCUGGUGUCAGUCUUAUGGGUGUACAAAUGCCUAAUUUAGAUCUUAAGGAAAAAGUGGAGCCUGAGGUUCUUGGCACUGAUGUCCAAACAUCCCCAGAGCCUGGUACAAGAAUGAACGUUCUGCCGAAGAGAACAAGACGUGUCAAGUCUCAGUCAGAAUCUGGAGAAGUGACUCGAAACACAGAACUGAAAAAACUUCGAAUUUUUGGGGCUGGUCCUAAAGUUGUGGGCCUGACUAUGGGAACAAAAGAUAAAGAAGACGAGGUCUCCCGAAGACGAAAAGUUACCAACAGGUCAGACGCAUUUAACAUGCAAAUGAGACAACGGAAAGGAACUCUCUCUGUUAACUUUGUUGAUCUCUAUGUUUGUAUGUUUUGUGGUCGGGGAAAUAAUGAAGAUAAGCUGCUUUUAUGUGAUGGAUGUGAUGACAGUUACCAUACGUUUUGUUUAAUUCCCCCACUACCGGAUGUGCCCAAGGGAGACUGGCGGUGUCCUAAAUGCGUUGCUGAGGAAUGUAAUAAACCUCGAGAAGCCUUUGGAUUUGAACAAGCCGUGCGGGAGUAUACACUUCAGAGCUUUGGAGAGAUGGCAGAUAAUUUUAAGUCUGAUUAUUUCAAUAUGCCAGUUCAUAUGGUUCCCACUGAAUUAGUGGAAAAAGAAUUCUGGCGGCUGGUGAGCAGCAUAGAAGAAGAUGUUAUUGUAGAAUAUGGAGCUGAUAUCUCCUCAAAAGAUUUUGGCAGUGGAUUUCCUGUGAAGGAUGGCCAGAGAAAAAUGCUACCAGAAGAAGAGGAAUAUGCACUUUCUGGUUGGAACUUGAAUAACAUGCCUGUCCUGGAACAGUCUGUUCUUGCCCAUAUUAAUGUAGACAUCUCUGGUAUGAAGGUGCCGUGGCUCUACGUGGGGAUGUGUUUCUCUUCUUUUUGCUGGCAUAUCGAAGAUCACUGGAGUUACUCAAUCAACUAUUUGCACUGGGGGGAGCCAAAGACAUGGUAUGGAGUGCCGUCUCAUGCUGCAGAGCAGCUGGAGGAGGUGAUGAGGGAGCUGGCCCCCGAGUUAUUUGAAUCCCAGCCUGAUCUCCUACAUCAGUUAGUCACCAUUAUGAACCCCAAUGUGCUAAUGGAACAUGGUGUACCUGUGUACAGGACCAAUCAGUGUGCUGGCGAGUUUGUUGUGACGUUUCCUCGUGCCUAUCACUCUGGAUUUAAUCAGGGUUACAACUUUGCUGAAGCUGUGAACUUCUGUACUGCUGACUGGUUACCCAUUGGACGUCAGUGUGUUAAUCAUUACCGACGGCUAAGACGCCACUGUGUCUUUUCACAUGAGGAACUCAUUUUCAAGAUGGCAGCAGAUCCAGAAUGCUUAGAUGUUGGACUGGCUGCCAUGGUCUGCAAAGAAUUGACUCUCAUGACUGAAGAAGAGACACGGUUAAGAGAGUCUGUUGUACAAAUGGGUGUCCUGAUGUCAGAAGAAGAAGUAUUUGAACUUGUUCCUGACGAUGAACGACAGUGUUCAGCAUGCAGAACCACAUGCUUUCUCUCUGCUCUCACAUGCUCCUGUAAUCCUGAGCGACUUGUUUGUCUCUACCAUCCAACGGAUCUGUGCCCCUGCCCCAUGCAGAAGAAAUGUCUUAGAUACCGCUACCCGUUAGAAGAUCUUCCUUCUCUGUUAUAUGGUGUGAAAGUCAGGGCACAGUCCUACGACACUUGGGUCAGUCGUGUUACAGAAGCGUUGUCUGCCAACUUCAGCCACAAGAAAGACUUGAUUGAAUUACGGGUAAUGCUGGAAGAUGCUGAGGACAGGAAAUACCCAGAAAACGAUCUGUUUCGGAAACUUAGGGAUGCUGUUAAAGAAGCUGAGACCUGUGCUUCUGUGGCUCAACUGCUUUUGAGCAAAAAGCAGAAACACAGGCAGAGCCCAGAGAGUGGGAGGACUCGGACCAAACUCACGGUGGAAGAACUGAAGGCCUUUGUUCAGCAGCUUUUUAGUCUGCCAUGUGUCAUCAGCCAAGCUCGACAAGUAAAGAAUCUGCUGGAUGAUGUGGAAGAAUUUCAUGAACGAGCUCAAGAGGCCAUGAUGGAUGAAACCCCAGAUUCUUCCAAGCUCCAGUUGUUGAUAGAUAUGGGGUCUAGUCUCUAUGUUGAGUUACCCGAAUUAGCUCGACUAAAGCAAGAACUACAACAAGCUCGAUGGUUGGAUGAAGUUCGACUGACCUUGUCAGAUCCACAGCAAGUCACUUUGGAUGUUAUGAAGAAACUGAUAGACUCUGGGGUGGGACUAGCACCCCAUCAUGCUGUGGAGAAAGCAAUGGCUGAACUGCAGGAGCUCCUUACGGUCUCGGAACGAUGGGAGGAGAAGGCUAAGGUCUGCCUGCAGGCCAGGCCACGACACAGCAUGGCAAGUUUAGAAAGCAUUGUAAAUGAAGCCAAGAACAUCCCAGCCUUUCUACCCAAUGUGUUGUCUCUUAAAGAAGCCUUACAAAAGGCCCGAGAAUGGACAGCUAAAGUGGAAGCUAUUCAGAGUGGCAGCAACUACGCUUAUCUGGAGCAGCUGGAGAGCUUAUCUGCUAAAGGGCGCCCUAUCCCUGUGCGUCUUGAUGCAUUACCCCAAGUAGAAUCCCAGGUGGCAGCGGCGCGGGCAUGGAGGGAACGGACUGGGAGGACCUUUCUUAAGAAGAAUUCCAGUCAUACGUUGCUCCAGGUGCUGAGUCCUCGAACUGACAUUGGUAUAUAUGGGAGUGGUAAAAACAGAAGGAAAAAAGUAAAGGAACUAAUAGAAAAAGAGAAGGAAAAGGAUCUGGACCUUGAACCUCUUAGUGAUCUGGAUGAAGGAUUGGAGGAAACCAGGGAUACAGCCAUGGUGGUGGCAGUUUUCAAAGAACGGGAGCAAAAAGAAAUUGAAGCCAUGCAUUCCCUCAGAGCAGCCAACCUAGCCAAGAUGACAAUGGUGGAUCGCAUCGAAGAAGUAAAAUUCUGCAUUUGUCGCAAGACUGCAAGUGGGUUUAUGCUACAGUGUGAGCUCUGCAAAGACUGGUUCCAUAACAGCUGUGUUCCCCUUCCUAAGUCAAGUUCCCAGAAGAAAGGAUCUAGCUGGCAGGCUAAAGAAGUUAAAUUCCUUUGCCCUCUAUGUAUGCGGUCUCGGAGGCCAAGGCUGGAGACUAUUCUGUCACUCCUGGUGUCCCUUCAGAAAUUGCCUGUCCGAUUGCCCGAAGGAGAGGCCUUGCAGUGUUUGACUGAACGUGCUAUGAGUUGGCAAGACAGAGCCCGGCAGGCCCUAGCCACAGAUGAACUGUCCUCUGCCCUGGCCAAACUCUCUGUGUUAAGCCAGCGUAUGGUAGAACAGGCAGCUCGAGAAAAAACAGAAAAGAUUAUCAGUGCAGAACUCCAAAAAGCAGCUGCCAACCCAGACUUACAGGGACACUUACCUAGUUUCCAGCAGUCUGCUUUUAAUCGUGUGGUGAGCAGUGUUUCUUCUUCCCCUCGACAAACAGUGGACUAUGAUGAUGAAGAAACAGAUUCUGAUGAGGACAUUCGGGAGACAUAUGGCUAUGACAUGAAGGACACAGCCAGUGUGAAGUCCUCUAGUAGUCUGGAACCCAAUCUUUUUUGUGAUGAAGAGAUUCCCAUCAAGUCUGAGGAGGUGGUGACUCACAUGUGGACAGCACCUUCAUUCUGUGCAGAACAUGCUUAUUCCUCUGCUUCUAAGAGUUGUUCUCAAGUUUCUAGCACUCCACGGAAACAACCCCGGAAAAGCCCUUUGGUACCUCGAAGUUUGGAGCCUCCAGUGUUGGAGUUGUCACCUGGAGCUAAAGCACAAUUAGAAGAACUUAUGAUGGUUGGAGAUCUCCUAGAGGUAUCUCUCGAUGAGACUCAGCAUAUAUGGCGGAUUUUGCAGGCCACACACCCACCCUCUGAAGACAGAUUCCUGCAUAUUAUGGAGGAUGACAGCAUAGAAGAAAAACCAUUGAAAGUUAAAGGAAAAGACUCUUCAGAGAAGAAACGGAAACGGAAGCUAGAAAAGGCGGAACAGCUUUUUGGAGAAGGAAAACAGAAGUCCAAGGAAUUGAAGAAAACGGAUAAACCCAAAAAGAAGAAAUUAAAAUUAAAUGCAGAAAAAUCAAAAGAACUGAACAAGCUGGCCAAGAAAUUAGCUAAAGAAGAAGAGAGGAAGAAAAAAAAGGAAAAGGCUGCUGCAGCCAAGGUUGAAAUUGUAAAAGAGAACACUGAAAAGAAGAGAGAGAAGAAAGUGCUGGACAUCCCCUCCAAGUACGACUGGUCAGGAGCUGAGGAGUCUGACGAUGAGAACGCUGUGUGUGCGGCACAGAACUGCCAGCGGCCCUGCAAGGACAAGGUAGACUGGGUACAGUGUGAUGGUGGCUGUGAUGAGUGGUUUCAUCAAGUUUGUGUGGGUGUAUCUCCAGAAAUGGCUGAAAAUGAAGAUUACAUCUGUAUAAACUGUGCAAAGAAGCAAGGGCCAGAUAGCCCAGAUCAAGCACCACCUCCUUCCUUCCUAAUGAGCUACAAACUACCAAUGGAAGAUCUUAAGGAGACUAGUUAGCAGAUGCUAGGUUAGCCUGGGACUUGGGGGAAAAUGGACCACAUUGAGACCUUAGUCACCAAUGAGAGUGGUUUAGAUCCACUCGGAACAUUGCUUCCAAAGACAAAUGGCGUACAGAGAAAGUCCUCUUGGCUGACUUCCUCUUUGCAUGGAAUGUGUGACCUACAUUCUCUAUCAGCACAUCUAUGCAUAGGGUGUCUUCUUUGGUACUGCGGCCGAUAACUGCGAUUCAUGUCUCCUUAGAGUGUGUUUUGCUGUGCUAAGGCCAGGCAGGCAUUUGACUCAGCUCAAGGGUGACUGGUUGGCAUUGAUAAGUUGGUGUGCUAGCAGGGCACGCAGGAUGUGGCUUAUGGCCAGUUGAUAGUAGAAGUUUACAGCCAAGGGGCAGUACCAUCUGAUGGUGCUGAUUUCUUGGGUCUCCAUUGGCUAGUUGGAGAGGAGUACUUUCAGAGUACCACUUUCCUUCCACUGUUGUUGCUUGGCACUUAAUAUCCUUCUGAUUCAAUUAGGAGAGGAACAAGGAUGAACACUGCUACUGUUAGAACGGUUGAGACGGUAGCACUGUUGGGAGUCCUUAGUUCCUUGUGCUUGUUUGCACCCAGAAGAAAAUCCCAAGUGAGAGGCAGAUUAGUUUAUCUACCUGAGCAGGAGAAUGUAAUCUAGCUGAGAAACCUGACUAGAUUGCGUUCUGGAAAGAAGAGCUUUUCUUAUUUCAAGGCAAGAAUCUUUGAGAAGCCUUGCUCUCUUGGGUCUGCAUACCAGAGAAGAGAGCAGGGCCAUGGAUCCAGGCUUCUGCAACAGAAAAAGAAGACAAGUCAGAAUGUUGUACUGAGCCGCAGCAAUGCAUGCUUUUCGGGGAACCUUCAUUCACACGUAUACCAGAUAACCACCAGGCUUCAGGCAUGGCCAUGAGCAGCAAGACCAGCAAGUAACAGCUUUUGCCUUGCAGCCCUGACCCCAGUGUCUACUGUUUGCGAUACUGGCAGUUUCUGGUUGUGACCCACAGCAGAUGCUGUUGACUAACACCACGGCUUCAUCAGAGAAUGUGAGGUUGUCGUACCUCUGGGUGAUGAAGUUGUUUUAGUAAAUCCAUUUUUUUAAAAAGGACUUGUUUUUACUUUUUUCUAAAUGUCUCUGACUACUGACUGUUCUAUAAAUAGAUUAUUUUUCCUUUUUUAAUAUACAUAUAUGAAUAUAUAAAUAUAUAUUUACUGUUACCAGCAGCAUAUGACAGUUUCAGCAUCGAAAAUUCAUUUGGGGCUUCCUUUCUCUUGCAUUUUAAUAAUAAAACAAAAAAAAAAUCCCAUUCCUUCCUUGUAGUACAAGGAGUUAGCGCUUCCUUCUCCAUGCUAGUCUGAUGAGAUUUUUCCACCUUAUUUUUGUCCUGAUAGAUAGUCAUAUUUCCUUCAUGUGUUGGAACUUGUCCCUGUCUGUUGGGAAACAGUUUUAUUGUAUCUUGUGAUGGCUGUUUUGUAUGUGAAUGUUUGAAACUAUGGUGCUGUGUCUUCCUCCCUCCUGUUCUCUGUUCUUGUUAAGGUGUUAGGUAAGCUGUAUGAAAACUCUUCCUAGAAGGGGACUCCCUCCCCCCCUUUUUUUUUUAAAGGGGGGAACCUAACUCACUAAAAAGUGUUUUGUCUUCACUGUCCCGUGUCCCUUUGUUUUGGUUUAACAUUCUGUGGUUUCACUUAAAUACAUCGGUUUCUUUUCUUUGAAAGGGGAGAAAGCAGGGCCUAAAGGACAGUCUCGGACCUCUGGGCCUUUCGCCCCUCUCUCUUUUAAAGAAAUGUCUUCUAGUAACUAGAAGUGAAAUGUACUGUCCAGUUACAGUUUGAGUGGGUAUGAGAUUUAACUCAAAAGGCAUCUAUUAAAAAAACAAAAGGCAAAUGAUUUCCUGUAAAAUCCAGUUUCUGUAAAUGCUUUUUCUCUACACUUCAUGCAAGUCUAGUCACUCUUCUGCAACUCAAAACAUUUCAGUGUUUUGGCCAGUUAGGAGUGUCCUAAAAGCUCCACUAGACAUACUCUGUCUUGAGCUUUCAUAGCGAAUAUUUGUAUGACAUAAGGCUCUCGUGGACAUUGCAAGGGUAAUUUAACAAGUUCAUGAGUUUUUGUUUUACUAAACUAUUUGAAGGUAUUAGUUAAGAAUUCCAUUGGGCGGAUGAAAGCACAAUUUUUUUUUUGCCUUUUGAUUUUUAAAAAUAUCUUAAUGCUUGUGGGUUAAAAACUGAAGAGAUUGUUACCUGGAAUACAUUCAAAAAAAGUAUUUUUCCUUCCUGGUCACCAUGAGCUCAAACAUCAUUGGAAGGCAUGAGGCUAUGAAGAAGGUGGUGGUUAGUUAAGAUAUUUUCUUUAGGGAGUAAGGUGGAUAGGUAAGGGUGGCUAAGUUUAGGUUGUAAUUUAAGUCCUAUAUAAGGUCAUCAUCUUCUGGAGACCCUAGAGAAAAAUGCAAGAUGUUCUCCUACUAUGAAUAAUUUCUUGUUUAUCUUGUAACAUUUUAAAACUUAAAUAUGUAAUUUAGUUAAUUAUAACUAAGUUAAAUAUGUAAAUUAUAUAAUUCAGCUGUGGGAUUUUCUGUAUUUAUUUGGAAGUCAUAGAGAAUUUGGUCUGUCUGAACCUCGGAUUAGACUAGGCUGAGAAGAACAGAUGGGAGAAAAUAGAAAAAAAAAACAUAAUAUGCAAAUCUCUUACAUUGGAACUGAUAAACCGAGAUUAAUCUACUUAAAAAUAAGCUAAUGUUCUAAAUAAAAUAUUGUUUUCUUUACAGUAAAUUGCUUACUUACCAUUGAUUCCAUUUUCUAGUAUUUUUAAUAUUUUGUAUUGAAACUUGGUUCUAAAUGUUUAUUUACAUUCCUAUCUCCUUGAAGUUGCAAUUCUUCACCAUUGGGAUUUUAACCUAUAUUUUCUUCGAAAGACGUUUCUUACUACCUUCGUCCUAAGCUAUUUUGGCAAAAGCUAUAGAAAGAAAAAUUAAAACUGGUAAGUCUUGAUAUCUCAAAGAGUAGCUCAUUGGAACUAUGCAAACCCCAUGUUUACAAGUACAACUUUAGCAUUCGUAACUAGCUUUUUCGUUGGGGUAAAAGUGACAUUUUUCUUCCACAUGUUUAUUUCACUUUCUGAUAGUUACUACAGACAAAGCCAUAUUGAGAUGUUGAGCCUAGAUACCCUUCCUAAAUGGCUGCAGACCAGCUUUGCACUGCAUGAUUAAAAUUUGUGCUUUGGUAAUACUCGAAAUUAUUGUAUGUCAUCCUUGGAGUAAUUGAGAAGUUAAACAAACAUUAAAUCUGUGACUCCCCACAAUCUUCUUUGUUAAAAACCAAGCAAAAUACAAUAGAUCUGUAAACUGAGAUUGAUUUUUUUUUUUUUAACCUGUGCUUCACUUCUGAUCUUCUCUGCUUUUGUCUCUAAUAAGUGUCCAAGAGAUGUCAGUGUUGUUUUUCUUAGUUUUUAGAUUCUGGAUAUGAUUUACUGCACAUACAAUAAAUUCUUUACUUUUCUAUAUUUUAAUUCUGUAGUAUAAUUGUGUGAACCUUAGCCUGCAGUUGAAUUUGAGGAUGCAAGUGAAAAUUGAGAAAGCCUUUCUGUCAUAGUAUGGGAUUAUGCACUUUUAAAAAGGAAAAAGUGACUCUAAAUUUAGAGUACGAUUUGAAAACUGUAUGUUGUGGGAAAAUUCAUCAAUUAAAGUCCCACACGUAACCAGGUUCAAUAAAAGUCUACAUAUAAAAAUCUACAUUUGAACUAGCUUUGUAUGCGUGUAAAAAGUUGCUUUUGCAAUAGAUCUUUAUAAAUUUUAUAAAGCGGGGCAAUUGACUUGCCUUUUCCUUUUUUAAACCCUUCCCCCUUUUUUUGUUUAAAGCAUAUCAUUAACUGUGGAUUGCCAUGAUACGGAUAACUUACAGCAUGAGAAGGAAAAGAACGGAUGUUAAUUUAUUUUGGGAUUGCUGUCUUCUCUCAGCUUGGACCAUACCCAGCCAUCACUAUGCAAUGAAUGAUGUGCGCUGGGAGAAGGCGCUGAUGGUUUUUUAAAGCUGUAUCCUGCUUGUAUUCACUUCCGCAAUACUCCAAGAUUUCUGAACGGGAAUGCCUUUGUAAACCUCUAGAACCCCUGUGGAUUAUUCCCUUGCGUAUUUAUUUACUUGUUAGUGACACUUAACUAUAAUAGGGGCCCUAUUUCCCAGGGUUUUUGGUGGUGCCUUAUGAAAAGUAUAACUUGAUUUCUUGUUUCAUGAGCAUGUUCUGUGUUUCUUUUGUUUUCUGAAAGAGUAUUAGAUUUGGUAGUUUACAUGAAAAAAAAUAAAAGUUUUGUGUCUUCAGGCUCA